GGGAGAGCGGAUAUAGUGAAUGCAGGGUCCGGGGAGAGCGGAUAUAGAGAAUGCAGGGUCCGGGGAGAGCGGAUAUAGUGAAUGCAGGGUCCGGGAGAGACCAGAUAUAGUGAAUGCGGGGUCCGGGGAGAGCGGAUAUAAUGAAUGCGGGGUCCGGGGAGAGCGGAUAUAGUGAAUGCAGGGUCCGGGGAGAGCGGAUAUAGUGAAUGCGGGGUCCAGGGAGACCAGAUAUAGUGAAUGCAGGGUCCGGGGAGACCAGAUAUAUGAAUGCAGGGUCCGGGGAGAGCGGAUAUAGUGAAUGCAGGGUCCGGGGAGAGCGGAUAUAGUGAAUGCAGGGUCCGGGGGG